AUGGCUCAGGGGUCGACAAAGAAAAAGAUGUCGCCCAUCUCGAAAGAUUUCGCCGCGCUUCGCCUGGACGUCGGCGCGAGCGAGCGCGCGGUGAAAACGGCGUAUAAAACGCUCGCUCGAGAGCUGCACCCGGAUAAAUCUGGAGGCGAUUCGAAGGCUUUCGUGCGGGUGCAGCGGGCGUACGAGCGAUUGAUGGCAAAAUAUGACAGAGAUAAAAACGCUUUGCGGGCGAUGGGGACGAGCGAUGCGGUCUCGAGGCGCGACGCGGGCGGGAGCGAGACCACGCUGGAGAUCGGACGAGGCGAAGACGCGAGCGCGGUGGCGAUGGGAGGCGAUUUAAAAGCGCUCGGUGAUGAACGUUUCGAAGCUGGCGAUCACGAGCGCGCGUUGGAGUAUUACGACGCGGCGGUGGCGUACGCGAGAGUGGAAGAAUCGAGCGCGUACGCCGAGCUGUAUCACGCGCGCGCUCGAGCGCGCAUCGCGCUCGAGCGUUGGACCGAUGCGAUCGACGAUACCGAUCGCGUCAUAGCGGCGCGACCGCUCUGGGGACCGUCGUACGCACUCAAGGGCCGGGCGCUGGAGGGGCUCGGCGCGUGGUCUCGCGCCGCCGAGCUGUAUCGAGAGCAAUCAGAGCGAGCGAUGAGAGGGAAUGCGGACGACGAUGCGAGCCACGACCUCGAGCGAGAAUUUGCGGACGGUCUACGUCGUGUCGAGGAAGCGAUGGCGAGGCAAGAUCGAAUGGCUUCUGUUCUGGCGCAUCGAGGACGGGUCGUCGCGUUGGCCAUGGCACCGCCUUCGCGUCUGGACGCGGAGAGAGACGUCACGAUUCCUGCGAACGCAUACGUGGCGACGAUAGGUGAGGAUAACUAUUUAAAAGUAUUCAGCGUACCGCAUGGCGAGUGUGUGCGCUCGGUGAAGCUCCCGGUGAGAGUGACGAGCUUGAAAUGGUCACCAGAGGGCGACGGUUCGCUCGUCGUCAUCGGCCAAGCCGGUUUUGUGGGGAUUUGGCGAUUUCAUCUCUCGCUCGAUGGAAAACCAGAGGCAAAGACGACUGAUUCGAUAGAACUCGUUGGACUUCCCGAGUCAGUCGACGUCACGGCGGUUGAUUUCGAUCGGACGGGUGAGUUUAUUGCCGUCGGCGCGAGCGAUGGGUCGCUGUGCGUGUGGGACGCGACGCACGCCACGUUAGACCUCGCCGUCCCCGCCGGUCUGAACGCACACAAGCGUGGAAUCACAAGUUUGGCGUUUCAUCCCGUCCGCGGUCGAAAUCAGCUCACCACGGGAUCGCUCGACGGAGACGGCCGCGUUUGGGAUCUCGUCGCUGAGGCGACGGAGACCGCGGGUGAGUGUCUCCACACGCUUCGAUGGAAGGGUUCUGGCGCCGUCAUCGACGUCAACUACCUCUCGUGCGGACGGCUCAUAGUGACAUCGACUUCAUCCAGCGCGUCCGCAUCCGCAAUCAUGUCGACGAACAGAAUGCUCGUGUGGAGCUCGGUGAGCGGGCGUCUAUGCAAGUGGUACGACGCGCACUCGAGUCGAAUCACCGCCUUCUCUUGGCAUCCGCAUCCUGGAUCGCGAAACAUCGCGGUGACGGGAUGUGACGACGGCGUGUUGCGCGUGUGGUCCAUCAGGGCGUCUCCGAGCGGGGCGGGGAAGACGAUUCUCGCGAAUGGUGAUUACGCUGGAUCGCUCGGCGAAUCGCGAGGAGUUGACGUCAAGCGCUCGGGCGCGCCUCUCGCCGUCGCACACUCUCCCAUGGGCGGUCUCAUAGCCGUUUCCACGAGAGAUGGUCACUUACGUAUUCACGACAGCGAUACGCUCGAGGCGACAUCCUGCUGGCGCGCGAGUGAAUCCAACGCAGUGACGCACGUCGGUUGGAGUCCGUUACCGAUGUCGCUCGACGCGAGCGAGCGCUUGACGGCUACGUCGCCGUGGAUGGUCGUCACAGGUGGAGAGGACGGACAGAUGAACGUGUGGAAAGUCGCCCGAGGCGGUGAGGAGGAUUCGUACUCAGACGAUUUCGGUGAUGAAAACGCUUUGAUGAAGCGCGAGAAGAGCGCGCUCGAGUCUGCGCCGGCUGGCGUGUUCACCGCCCGCGACGUCAAGACGUGGUGGGACGACGGCGAGUGCGCGAGCGAGGUGACGCCUCGUGAAGACGCUUUUGGGUUAUAUUUGGGUCCAUCACCAGAAGAUAAACCGAUUCACAAGGCGCUGUCGAUCGGUGAGGCUCCCGAACAGCUAUACAAUCCUAACCGACUAAGCUCAAAGUAUUUGAGUCUAUCGCUGAGAGACGGCGAGUCGGCUUCCGUCGAGGCCUUCAACGCGAAUGAGGAGAAAAUUCGGCAGCUCCAGAGUGAGCGCGCGGCGUUCAUGAGUGAUGAGACGAAAUCAUCGGUCGAUAAGCGGGCGUACAGCGCACGAUUCGCGACAGAUUUAAAGCCUCUGCAAGAGGCCCGAACGCGCCUGUACGCCGCUCUGCAAUCGCAGUAA